CAGUAUGCCUCUUCACAGAAGCAAUGGAGAGGAGCAAGAUGAAGCAAGAAAAAGCAAGCAGGAAGGUCGAGCCAAGCUCAGAGAAGAAGAAAAGGUCUCCAUGCUCCUGCUUCUUCGUCCUGUUAGAUCUUCUUUCUUCUUGCUAUCACUCGAGAUCAAAUUUCCACCAACAGAGCCAUAUCAACCCUGAGCCUACCUCACCUCGUUCAAUCAUCAUCAAUCAAUCCCCUCCCGCUCCGGCUGAAAACUUUACCCUGAGUUCCUCUCCGGCCCCAAUCUCUCCUUGCAUUUCCUACUCUCCGCGCACCCUUGACCGCCUUCUCUGCACAAGAUUCUCUGCCUCCGAUCAUCUCUCUUACUCCUCUUUUUCUCUCAGCCUUCCACCCGCCGAAGCUCUUCCAAACAGAGACGAGACAACGAAGCCGGAGACGGGAACAUGCCGGCGCUUGGCGGUAGCGAAGUGGUCGUGCGAUCGGGAGGAGGAUUUUAGGGAUUCGAUGAAGAAGAUGAUAAGCGAGAAUGGGACUCGACGAUCUGAAGAUUUACAGGAUUUGUUGGCUGGCGAUUUGUCGCUUAACGCGAAGGACAAUCAUGGCGCCAUUGUCAAUGCUUUUAAUCAGGUUUCGUUCGAGUUGUUGAAUAAUGAUAGAUGUAUUGAAGCCAGUUAUUAGAGCACAUUGAUGUGA